GACACAUCGUGAUUCCACCGUUCAAAGCGUAUGGAGAAAAGGGAUCAGGAACCAUGAUUCCCCCUCAGGCGACGCUGGUGUUUGACAUCCUGUUGGAGGACAUUCACAACCCGAAGGAUAACAUCACCAUCGAGAGCCAGGAGGCUCCUGAGCCCUGCACCCGCAGGUCCGUGGCGGGGGACUACAUUCGGUAUCACUACAACGGAACCUUCCUGAACGGGGUGACCUUUGACACCAGCUACCAGAGGAACAGCACAUACAACACCUACAUCGGGAUGGGCUACGUGAUCCCAGGAAUGGACCAGGGCCUGCUGGGGGUCUGCCUGGGGGAGAAGAGGAGGGUUAUCAUUCCUCCUCACCUGGCUUAUGGAGAGCAAGGAGCGGGUGACGUGAUUCCUCCGUCAGCCGUCCUGGUCUUUGACGUCCACGUCAUCGACUUCCACAACCCAAGCGACAAAGUGGAGCUCGAGGUAACCUACAAACCGGAAGUGUGCAACGACACCACGACUCUGAACGACCUGGUCCGCUACCAUUACAACUGCACUCUGCUGGACGGGACUCUGCUCUUUUCCUCGCACGACUAUGAGAACAUGCAAGACGCAGUUCUGGGCCAGGACAAGGUGAUCGACGGGCUGGAUGAAGGAUUGAGGGGCAUGUGUGUGGGAGAGAAGAGGAGGAUUACAGUGCCGCCUCACCUCGGACAUGGAGAGAAAGGAGCUGCUGGUGUACCAAGCAGCGCCGUUCUGGUCUUCAGCAUUGAACUGGUGAGCUUUGAGCGGGGCGUCCCGGCCGGUUACCUGUUUGUGUGGCUUGAGGACACUCCAGCUGAUCUGUUUGAAACCAUGGACAUGAACAAGAAUGGAGAGGUGCCACUGGAUGAGUUCACGGAGUUUAUCAAGCUCCAGAUUGCAGAAGGAAAAGGCCGGACAAAGCCGGGAAUGACAAUGGAGCAGAUCGUCGCCGACAUGUUUCAGAACCAGGACCGCAACAACGACGGCGUGAUCACGGCCAGCGAGCUCAAACUUAAAGUCGACGAGGACAAGGAACGGGAGCAAGCGAAGCACGAGGAGUUGUGAGGAGGGAAAAAAUGUUUGGUUUUCUCUCAGGGAUGAAAAACAAAACAAAAGAAACCACAGCUCUUAUGCAGCGUCAGUUUAUUCACAGUAUUUGAUCUCUGAGAAAAGACGUUGGGAAACAAUCUCUUGUGGAGGAUUUUGAAGUUUCUGAAAAUACAGCAAGCACCUUUUUGUCCCUGAAUGUUGUAAUAAAAAAGUGUUUGUAAAAACA